AGAUGAGCAGCAGCAGCAACGUCAACUCAGUAUUCUAUGCAGAAUCAUACCAUCCAAUUCAAGCAGGAAGCAUCGAUGGAACCGACGUUCUUCCUCACGACAACGCCGUCUACAGAGCUUUCCUUUGCACCAACUCUGGCCUCUAUGACCCCUUCGGUGAUCCAAAGGUGAUUGGUGACCCCUAUUGCACUAUUUUUGUGGGCCGUCUUUCCCACUCCAGUACUGAAGAAACUCUUCGCCAGGCUAUGAGCAGAUAUGGAAGAGUAAAGAACUUGAGAUUAGUCAGACACAUUGUCACUGGUGCCUCACGUGGUUAUGCAUUUGUUGAAUUUGAAACAGAAAGAGAAAUGAGGCGAGCGUAUAAGGAUGCUCAUCAUACCUUUAUUGAUGAUUCGGAAAUCAUAGUUGAUUACAACAGACAGCAGCUCAUGCCAGGCUGGAUCCCAAGAAGAUUAGGAGGGGGUCUUGGUGGUAGAAAAGAGUCUGGGCAGCUGCGUUUCGGAGGGCGAGAACGACCAUUUCGUGCUCCCUUGCGACAAAUUCCUUUUGAUGACCUCAAAAGGCUUGGCAUACCACCUCCCCUGGAAGGAAGAUAUGUGUCACGCUUUGAGGCUCCAUCACCACCCCGAAGAAAAAGGGUUUCUGCAGACCGUGAAGACUACUCCUAUAAGCAUGAUGAAGAAACUAGUCGUGAUUAUCAUCUCGAAAGGUCACCAAGCCUGGAACAGUCAUCUGAUAGACGGAGGAGGUCAAGAGACAGGCACGACCGCUCAAGCAAGCACCACAAACGUAGUAGGCAUUCUCAUCGAGAUGAAAAGAAGUCUAACAGUCGUGAUCACUCAGGUGUCGUUGGUUCCAUGGACAGAAGCAGUUCACGCCAACGUGGCAGAUAUUCUCAUGAAAGUGAAAGGUGGUCUCCCAGAAGGAACAGCUUAUCAGACGACUAAGUAGCAGCUAAAUCUCCGACUAGUGCUAGUACUGAGGGAGCAACUUUUUACCAUUUUGUGAUUUUCAGAUUUCAGUAAGGAGCUUCUGACAUCAACAUAUGAUUUCUGGUUUGAAGGCUUUUGGAUGAUGCAGUCAGAGAGCCACUGCAUCUGUCUCGGAGAGGCGCAGUUGUGUGGAUAUUGGUUCAAGUAGCACAGAACGCAUUGAUCAAGUUCCAUUAAACGUGGAGGUGAAUGGUAGCAAUCUUAUGCAAGUGAAAUGUAUAAAGCUUGAAGGAAUAUUUUCCUUCUUGCUGAUAUAUUCGCUAGACAUGGAGUAGACUUGGAGAAUAUGAAGGGUGCCAAUUUUGUUACUUGAUUCCAUCUUGAUACGCCAAAUGAAAAUACCGGUGCUGCAUCUGAUUGCCAAGCUUGCAAAUUCCAACAGUUUACUUGGGUAUAAGCCAAGCCACCACCUCGCCACAUCCCUAUGAAAUAAGCACGUUCGUGAAGCCUUGUACGGUGGGCAGAAAUGUGAAAAAGUACUGCUGAAGAUAUUUUGUGUAACUAAUGUAUUUGCCAAGACUGAAUUUGCACCGAGUCAUCUUAUCUUAUACUUUUUGGUUCUGUACUUUGAUUCCCAACUUUCAAUACAUUUGCCAAAACUCUAGUAGGUAGAAGAUAUAUUUCAUGUUAAGUUAUCUUGAACACAGGAGCACUUGUGUGUUUUCAUUCAAAACUGGCUAUCAAGAAGUGUAAUCAUAUACA